AUGCUCAGAUGGCUGAUCGCGAGUGUAGUGCUCAUCGCUCUUGUGACGCAAUCCGACGCCAGGAGGAAUCGCCAGCGGCAGUUUCUCCUGCCGUCACCCUUCUCCAGCGUCAUGGACUACCGCAGGACCACCACGGAGUACGCCAAGAACAUCCACUUCAAGUACUACGAUAGCAACGGCGAGCUCAUCUCCAUCGACAAUCUGCUGAUGGAGGAGUCCAGCGGCCUCAGCAUCUGCAAUCCGGCGGAUAAAUUCGCCAUUAUAGUCCACGGAUGGAAGGAGAACUGCGAUUCAGAGUGGAUGCCGCAGAUGGUAUCAAACCUCACUGUCUUCCGAGGCGGCUGCAUCAUCUGCAUGGACUACGGCGCCUAUGCUAGCGCCGAUCGCUAUCUGCGCCUCUUCCGCCAGUUCGAUCCCAUCACCGAGGUGCUGGCGGGGAAGCUGCGUCUCAUGGAAUCCAUGGGCUUCGAUCUAGGCCGAGGCUUCAUCUUCGGCUUCAGUUAUGGCGGCCACGUGGCCGUGGAGGCAUCCAAGCGCGUGGGAGUGCGCCGGCUGGAGGCUAUUGAUAUCUGUGAUAUCGCAGGACCGGCCUUUGACUUCAGGCGGGCGCAUGUGGACCACAGAUCGGCGGCUCGGAAUGUGCAGUGCAUCCACACGAGCCGCGACAAGGGCUCCAGACACACGACGACCUGCCAUCAGAACUGGAAGAUGGGCACCUGCGGGUGGUUCCAGACUGCAGCGGCGGAUCCACCGAAGGGAUCUCACGGACUGUGUCCGUACUUCUACCUCAGCGCCUUCAGCAAUGACUUCCUGGCCGUGCCGAAGCCCAUGGGCUGCAUGGCCCGGAAGUUGGCCGCCAACUGGCCCGAGGGCUUCAAGAUGGGCUACACCGAGCCGCGGAAGUGGCAAGUGCAGGGUGAGCUGUUCGCUCUGACGUCAAAGGAGUACCCGUACACCAGCAACGCGACGGAGAUGAACGCCUUGGACUUCUUUCCGAUGCUGGCCUCGGAGUACGAACAGACGGAGAUGGACAUCGACUUCUUCGUGGAGACAACCAAAAAGCCAUAG